AUGUCUCAAUUAUCACCAUCAACGGCCGAGAAAGGCUUCAUUCUCUCACCAGCUAAAUUGGAAAAUCCAGCAACAUCCGAUAAAGUCUUCGAGCGAAUUCUGAACUGGUACCUACCUCACGAUGUAGUCGCAAAGAUUACUCCUGAAUUGACCAAGUUCGGUCGUGAUGCCAUUUCCAAUGAAAUCAACAGCCUGAUAGGAAAUGCGGAAAGACAGGAACCAUAUAUCAAGCCUUAUAAUGUAUGGGGUGCGCGGCAUGAUACUGAGCGAUUGGUGACCAGUACUGGUUGGAAGGAGUUGGGAAAAUGGGGCAUCAAAAAUGGCGUGGUAGGGCUUGGUUAUGAGGAAGAGUUUGGAUCGCAUCGUCGAAUUAUUCAACAUGCAUUCAACUACAUAUUCUCUGCAUCUUCAGCUACCUACUCCUGCCCAAUCUCUAUGACUUCGGGAGCAGCACGAUUAGUUCGACAUCAGUUGACCAACGUACCCUCCGACCACCCAUUUCACGAGCUCUACGCCCGUCUUAUUGCCCGUGAAAACAACUGGAUUUCAGCGCAAUGGAUGACAGAGCGCCCAGGAGGUAGUGAUGUACGUAACAGUGAAACUGUUGCUGUAUAUUCUCCUCCGGUGACCAAAACUGGCCGAUUCGGAAAUAUCGAAGAGGGAGACUACCUCCUAUCAGGCUUCAAGUUCUUCUGCAGUGCCACUGACUGCAAUGUUAUCCUGCUGUUAGCCAAGACCGAGUCUGGUGAACUUUCUCUAUUUGUGGCACCAACAGUAAAAAGAAUCACCGACUCUGAGGGGCAAGAGAGGAAAGUCUCCAAUGGAAUCCGAAUUCAUCGCUUGAAAAACAAGAUGGGUACCAAAGAGCUGCCUACUGCAGAAGUUGAGCUUCAGAAUGUGCGCGCACACUUGAUCGGUCCAAAGGACCGUGGUAUCGUGACCAUUGCGCUUUUACUGAAUACCACACGCACCCAUAAUUUCAUCACUGCACUAUCUUGCCUAAGACGCGCACUAGAUAUCGCUAAGGCAUUUGCCCGGACUCGAACAACUAUCAACCAAGAGCUAUGGUCAUUUCCUAUGCACCUCAACGUCUUAUCUCAGCUGGAGGUUAAGCACCGCGGCUGGAUGCAGCUUGCUUUUUUCACAUCAUCCUUGCUAAGCUAUGUUGAUAACGGAUUUCCGAAAGAGGCAGCAGGCGUAUUCUCAGUUCUGGCAGAUUCUUCUACUGCGGCAAACGUCGUGUUGCGAGCUUUUACGUCAACUUCGAAAGCGGUGAUUUGCAAAUCAGCGACUUUGGCUUUUCAAGAAUGCCAGGAGGCUAUGGGUGGUGUGGGAUACAUCGAUGAGCCCGAAGAGCCAGAGUUCAACGUGAGCAGACUAUGGCGUGACACAGCCAGUAAUAGUGUUUGGGAGGGAACGACGAAUGUGCUGGCCAGCGAAACAGUACGCCACUUAACCAAGAAGAAAAAUCUGGUCUUAUUUGAUGCCUGGAUUUCAGACAUCAUCGGCCGAAUUUCGGACGACGAGUUCAAAUCUCAAUUGUCGAAUGUCUGGGCCGAGCUGAAUGCUAAGCUUGCAACAGGCCAAAGUCACCAUGGCUUGGUGGCUCUUCUUAGUGUUGGUCGCCAGAUUAUGUUUACUUUGGCCUGGAUGGUUUGCGGUAUACUACUCACUCUUGAUGCCCAGCGGGACAAUGAUGGUGUGGCUAUCGAAGUCGCUCACAGAUGGGUCCUUGAAGGACAGGUAUUCCCUGGAGAGUUCGCAUUCCCAGAAAUGAUCUAUCAACGGUUGGCCUCGUCUCAGAAUAAACGGCAUACAGAGAAGGAACGAACAGAGUGGGACUCCAGAAUAGUCUGGGGUAUUGAGCUGCCAGCUACUGCAUCUACUGGAUACCGAGCAUCUAAAAUCUAG